AUGUCUGAGUUCAAGGAGCGCACAUUAGUUACGGAUCCUCAGAAGGUUUUCCAUUUCACAGAUCUCCAGCGACUGAAGCCUACGCGCGCAAAUGAUCCCUACGAGUACCAGCAUGGUUGGGGUAAUCGACACCAGUCUGAGGUCAUUCCUGGCACUCUACCCGUAGCACAGAACAAUCCUCAAGAAGUGCGAUUUGGCUUGUACACCGAAGGCAUUACAUAUUCCGCAUUUGCUGCUCCACGCGCACAUAACUUCAGCACAUACAUGUACCGCUGCCGGCCAGCAGCUGCACACAAUGGCUAUGUCCCAAUCGAAUCAAAAUCCAACAUCCAAAACUGCUUCCUCUCUAUCAACCCCAAAGUUGCGACACUGCCAGAACAGGCAGAGUGGAGUCCUUUCCCCUUGCCGAAAGACGAGGAAAAGAUUGACUUCGUAGAUGGGCUUCACACCCUUGCGGGAAGUGGUGAUCCAAACAUCAGAGAAGGGCUUGCACUUUACGUUUACAUGAUUAACUCAAGCAUGGAAAAACGUGCCUUUUGCAAUGCCGAUGGAGAUUUCCUCAUCUGCCCACAACUCGGCAACCUGGAUAUCGUCACAGAAAUGGGCAAGAUCUUCCUUCAACCUGGCGAGAUUUGUGUCAUCCAACGUGGUGUUCGAUUUUGCUUGAACUUGGGGCCGGAUGUCAAAGAAGCACGCGGUUACAUCACAGAGGUGUGGGGUUCCAUGUGGGAACUGCCAGAUCUCGGCCCACUUGGUGGCCACGGUCUAGCUAAUCCGCGCGACUUCCUUUACCCGGUUGCUGCGAUCGAUGAGGAGCUACACGUAGACUGGAAGAUUGUGAGCAAGACCAACGGUCAGCUCAUCGCAAUUCAACAAGAUCACAGUCCUUUCGAUCUUGUCGCAUGGCAUGGCAAUGUCGUACCGUACAAGUACGAUUUGACCAAGUUCUCUUCGCAAAACAGCACAUCCAUCGAUCAUACCGAUCCAUCCAUCUUCACUGUUUUGACUGCUAAGUCUCGGGACCCAAUGACGCCUUUGGCAGACUUCCUCUGGUUUGGUCCACGUUGGGAUGUAGCAACGAACACCUUCCGACUCCCGUACUUCCACCGCAACUCAGCUUCCGAGUUCCUAGCAUGUAUCUACGGAAAAGGUCUGGGACGCAGCGACGACUUCCGGCCCGGCGGUGGUAGCUUUGAGGGCGGACAUACUCCACAUGGCGGUUUCCAUGAAGGCUACCAGCACGGAAUGCGGAUACACGAGAGCCAGCCCGAGAAGAUUUUGACUGAUCAAUUGACUAUCAUGGUCGAGUCGAGUCGUCUCUUCCUAUUCACAGAGUACGCUCGUAAAGGCUGCGGUGUCAUUGAUGAGCACGGCACCGACUACAAGGUCUGGGAAGCUCUCCCAGAUCGUUUCUCGGCAAACAAGCGAGCUCAAGAACUGCUCGCUCGUGUUAAAGACGACAAGAUUGCCGAGAAGAAGAGGCUUGCUCCAUACUACUUUGGUGGAUUUUCACAUGGUGCCAAUACCAGCGACACGGAAGGUGUGCACUCUGCAGAUUUGGACAUCAAGCAGCUCAACUCGAAAGUGAACGGCACAGAUGGUACAAAUUGA